AUGUCCAAAAAGCAAGCUAAGGACUUUAAAAAAGGCGUUCUCGCCUUACAACAAAAAAGGGAUGUCCGGCUCAGAACCUUAGACACGGAAUUCGGGACUGCAACGGCAGUUCUCGAAAACGCAGAUAUCAGCGAAGAUGAUAUUGCCGAAGUGGAGGGACAUCUCGAGGAGAUGAACGAUCUGUACCAGACGAUACUUGAAAUGAACGAACAAAUUGAGAAGCAACUAACCGACCUGAAAGAUAGUGACGCCAUCGACAAGGAAAUUACCGACAGCAGCGCAAUUCACAGUCAAAGUAGAAUAAAACUGCUGAAGGUCAAGAAUUCGUUAGCUCGACAAACAAAACGGAAUACGACUUCGAGCCCAGAUGUCACAACCGAAAGAAGGAAGAAUAAGACCGCCCAGUUGCCGAAGCUAAAAUUACCGAUAUUUGACGGUAAAUUCACGGCGUGGACAGCAUUCUGGGACGCCAUCGAGGCUGACGUCAAUAAAGGAGACAUACGCGGACAUUACAAAAUUCAAUUACAUAAUAGGACAACUCACAGGGAACGCCAAGGACUACACCCGUCCGGAGAAAAUCUACCAGCUCUCAUCCAACUAUUGAAAGACAGAUUCGGUCAACCAAGGAAAAUAACGAGAGCUCACGUCUACAACCUCCUUGAUAUAACUCCGCCAGGGGGUCACUACGCCAGCCUCCGGGAAUUUCACGACAAGAUUCUUGGUGACAUACGGUCACUUGAAAAUAUGGAUGUAUCAAUAGAACAAUGUGCAACCUUUAUAGUUCCUGUCAUUGAAAGAAAAUUACCAAAAUUUCUGCGCGAGAAAAUCGGUACCGCCGGUCAAGGAGACCGUUUCCAGGUUAAAAUAUUCAUGGAUCGAUUCACUGAGGAAUUAGAGAAUAUAAGCGAAAGAAUGGAUACACCAACGACAGCAACGCAGCAGAGGAAUAAUUCUCACGCAGGAAAUAACAGGAUCUCCGUGGAAUCGUUCGUGAGUGUGCCGAAUACUACUUAUACUAAACCACCGCCGCAAAACUACAACCGACCAAAAGUGUGCCCUUUCUGUGCAGGACCGCAUAACCCUUUCGAGUGCAAACUACCAGCGCAUGAAAAGUUCAUUGCCGUGCGUCAACAUAAACUUUGCUCCAACUGCCUCGGACCGCAUUUCUACCGGGAAUGUCAAAAUCAAAAAAGAUGCCGCACAUGCGACCGGUUUCAUCACACCAGUCUGCAUGAUUAUUUCGCCAAUUCAUCCAGAAUAAACCCGCCUCGAAAUAAUUCUCAACAACACGCAACUAGUGGCUGUGCCAUUGCGCCACAAAGUCAUUGUACCGUUACCGUUAGAAAGGAACAACCGCCAAUCGCAAACCCACUGGAUACCGAAAAUACACAUGCCAUCCCAAGUGAGACUCAAAACCAGGAAAAGUCCAAACCCAAAGAACAGGAAAUGGAUAUCAUCCUACUCGAAACCGGGAAAGUCAAACUCCUAAAUGACGACAAAGAAACCAUCGCCGGUGUCCUCAUCGAUAGAGGAAGUAUGGUAACUUACAUCAGCAAGGAAGCCGCUACAAGGUUAGGAUUGAAACCCCACCGUAAAAGACCGCUAAAUGUGAAUGGAUUCGCCGGACACGUCACCAAACGCAUCUAUGACGCAGCCUACGUCAACGUUAAAACAAAUGACGGAAUUCAAACCAUCGAGGCCCUCAUAUCAAACGAUGAAAUCGUGAAACCCAUCACUCAGAUAGGCUGGGACGCCUGCCAGGAGUAUAAUUAUAUUGCUGGGCUUGAUUUAGCCAAUGAUUUCUCAGAUAGGGCCCUGACUAUCGAUUUAAUGUUAGGAGUUGAUUUCGCAUUCGAAUUCCUCGAAAACCGCAUGGUAAAAGAAGACGGUCCGACUGUCCAGUUCAGUAAUAUAGGAUGCUUCGUCUCUGGACCGCUGAGGCCAAAAAUGACACCCACCAUUAUCACCACUGCUUCAAGUGAAGCUACACCUCAUAAGGUAGCGAUCCAGGAUAACGAACUUGCCUUUUUAGAAUCAUACCUACAAGCCAAUGCCUUGCAUACCAGUGACGUCACCGACACGGAAUACGACCAAAAGUUCAAAGACGAAUACCUGAGCAAAAUACAAUACAAGGAUAGCCAAUAUUACGUGCCCCUGCCAUGGAGGACAGACCAUCCUGAGCUGCCCAACAAUCUGGAAACCUGCAAAUCGAGAAUAAAACAAGUCAUGGGAAGAUUGCGUAAGUUAGAUUUAAUUGAUGCCUACGUCAAUGUCAUGCGUGAAAACAUAGAGAAAGACUUUGUGUCUGAAAUCUCCCAUGAGUCUACAGCUGACACCGAAGGUUACUACGUCCCUCACUUCCCAGUCCUACGAGACAGUGAGACCACACCCGUUGUCGGGAAUUGUCAUCCCGAAUAUACUAAAGUACAUCAAGUGUCAAUUCAGCCCACGCUAGGUCCUGGCGACUGGUACAGAAGACAUCCGUUUCUGGUACAUUUCACCAAUCUAGGGAUGGUCACUCGGGUUCUGUUUAUCUUAAAGGCCUUCCCACACCAAGAAACAGGAAGUGACUCAUGCUUUCUUCAGAAGCCAAGGUUUGGCAAGAUUAGUAUUAUAGCAAAUAAAGUUAGUUCUCUGAUGGUAACCAAAGAGUUUGCCUCGUUCUAUAGCAUCAUAUCCCCAAACUUCCACAUGGUGUCGUUGGACCAGGAUUUUUGGGUUUUGCAACACGGAAUACGGAAUACGGAAUACACAACGCAAUACUCCGGACGGAAUUUACGGCGACAAAUUCGCGGAUUACGGAAUAAACACUGA